AUGGAGAGGUCCACAGAGUGUUGUGUGUACCACGGUAUACAUUUGGUGAACACUGAGGACUGGUUGGGGAAUGGGAGAGUGGAGUACAGAGUCCCAUAUGCUUCUCUACUUGAACUGCCCCGAUUAUACCCUAUCAUGGUGUGCCAUCAUUCCCUGUAUUUACUCUUGACGGUGUUGUUUGACUGGUUUUGUAAUUAUUUUCUUGCGGCUGAUUUGGAAUACUGUGUAUGGCAGAUUCUUUCUCUGGCUCUCAUUGCCACUUUGAGGAGAAGACUGUUUUGUGCAGUGGGUAUUCUGCCGUUUGUGAGUGUGUGGGUAUGGUGUGGGGGUGUGUUUGCAUGGGGAAUGAGAUAA